GGCGGCCCCGCGCCAAGUGGGCAAGGGCGGCGGUUGCGGCGGGCUGUUCGACGUGCUGCUGACCACCUACACGCUGUGGGAGCGCGAGGGGGCCAACUACGGCAUUGACCGGGCCUUCCUCUCCAAGUGGCCCUGGUCGCAUGUGGUUAUGGACGAGGCCCACGCGCUCAAGAACAGCUCCUCCACCCGCUCCCGCAAGCUGCGCAAGGUGGCGCAGAUGGCGGCCACUCGCAUCAUGCUGACAGGCACCCCCCUCCAGAACGACCUGCUGGAGCUGCAUGCGCUGCUGGCCUUCCUGCUGCCCACCAUUUUCACCGCGGGGGAGGGCGCGGAUGCGCUGGCGGAGCAGGUAGCAGAGGCCGCCAAGCCGGGCGCCCCGGGUGCUGCGGGUGUGGCCGCCUGUGAGGCUCAGGGGCGGCUGGUGGAUCGCAUGAAGCAGCUGCUGCAGCCCUUCAUAUUGAGGCGUCUUAAGAGCGAGGUUGCGGACCAGCUGGUGGCCAAGAAGCAACACAUCGUGCAGCUGGACAUGGUCCCCGAACAGCGGCAGCUCUACGAGUCCACCAUCGCCUCCAUGCGUGAUGAGGUCAGCAAGGA